GUGCUCUUAGGAAUCAAACGUAUUUCAUUACAUUUUUGCUGUAUCUUUGUUGUAUCAUUGAUAAAUAAACAUUUUCUCGUGGAACAUUGUAUCGUGCAUGUUUGCUUUGAACGUGCCUGAGAAAAUAUUUUGCGAUAGGAAAUUGGACAAACCACGCGGACGUAGUUACGUUCAAACACGUCGAAGCAUCACCCUCUGCAAGUUUGUUAGUUUUGUCUGGCAAGUGAUUUAAAAAAAAAAAAAUGUCAAGGAAAGGAAUGUUGACAAGAGGUAAGAGGAACAGAGGCAAUGCAAAGAAUCUGAAGAAUUAUUGGAAGAGGAUGAGAGAAGAGGGUCUUCUUCGUAAAAAGAAAAUUGAAAAUGUACCCAGUACGUCGGACACACAAACUGUAAAUGUACAGAAUUCAAGUACGGAAUCUGUACAAGUAAAUGAAGAUAUUUAUGAUUCUUCUCCAUUAUCUCCUCUGCAUACGGAACGCGUAUCGAAUGUAAAUAGAAACGGAAGUUCAUUUCAAUUGUCAGGCCGUCGAAUAGUCGACAUUUCAUAUUUUAUGAACAGUAUCCUUUCAAUUGGAGCACACGUACCUUUUUAUUGUACGAUCGCAGAUAUGUAUCCAAUUUCAGAAGCCCGCAACGGCUUUGUUAGUAUCAUAAAAUUAAAAUGCCGUAUAUGCGGUUUAAUUAAACAAGUUAAAACUGAUGAUACAUCAGAAAAAAAUGCGAAUAUCAACGCCGAUAUGGUAUCCGGAGUGAUAUCUACGAGUGGCGGAUAUUCGCAAUUAAAAAAAAUUUGUACCGCGAUAAAUUUGCCAAGCUUGUCAAAUAACACAUGGGCAAAAUAUCGUGGUAUUAUAUUGGAAACUUCUCAAGUAGAAGACAACGAUUGCUCGUCUUAAUGGACAAGAAGUUGAUCGCAGUGGUAUUCCUUGUAUUAUAUAAAAAGAUAUAAUAUAUAAAAAGAUAUUCUUAAUAGACACCGUACUGUUUUUGACCACUGUACGAAGUGUAAAGAUAGAGCGAGUAUUACUAUAAUGGUAAAGUAAAACUUGGCGAGAUGAAACGCGUAUCAAUAUUUUUCACGAUAUUGAAUUAGGAAUGCACAUCAUGCCCAGUUUGAUAUGGGACUUAGAUAAUAAUGUGGUCAAAUUAUAUAAUUAAUAUGUGGGAAAAUUCAUUGAUGGCAAAAGAGUUUAAUUUGUCUUACAUGGCUUGUAUCAAACUCGAUGCUACGUGGUAAAAGUCAAUGAAAAAUUGUCAAGUAAAGAUAUGGGCAUCUUUACUUUACAAUAUGUGAAUAAAUAAAAUUGAAUUUGCGAUUCGCGAAAGGAAAAUAAAAAUCUUUCAUAAAUAAAUUUCAAUAUAAUUCAAACUGUUGACUGCGAUUAUGGACCAAAAAUGCAGCUUGUCUUUAGGCACCCAUUUUAUGCUCUAAGAACUUGACAUAUGUUAAAGAACAAUUUUUAGAUUUGUUGAAAAAUUAAGAUCCCUUGAAAAUCGAACCUGAAAUUCCAUAGACAAAUUAUGCCGUUUUAAUGAAUUGAGCAGCGUCGGAAACAAUUGAAUAAUUGUUUUCGAUGUUUCGAACAAUAUAUAAAAAAAAAACAAUGUACAUAAAAAUUAAUAGUUAAAUCGGUACCGUUGCUUUAAGAAAAAUAAUAAUACCAGGUGGAGAAUUGAAAAAAAAAACCCAUUGGCAAUUAGACGAUUUUCCACUGACUACGGGUUCGAUGUUUGAGGCAAUGGUCUAAUAAUUCAUAAAAAAAA